AUGCAGCGCACUCUGGAUAAAAGGGCGCAGAGUGCUUUGCUGAGCUACAAGGGGAGUGUAGAUCGCACCCAAGGCGGCCGAGCCUUGCCAUCCUUUGUCGACUUCAACUUGCGGGAGGAGGUUCAGGAAAGCACACAGAUUCCAAACAACGGGAGCGCACCCCUGCUUGUGGACGUACGGGUGUUUGUAUCAACCGUGUUUAAUGUGGACAUCUUGCGGUACACAGUGUCCUCCAAGCUGCUGCUUCGGCUGUUCUGGCUGGACCCUCGCCUGGCCUGGAACGUGAGUGAGCACCCGCAGCACGCGGUCACGCUGUCCUUGGACUCACUCUGGACACCGGGACUCACUAUCCAGGAGGCGCUCUGGGUGGACUGGCAGGAGCAGAGCCCGAGGGCCCGAGUGGACCAGGACGGCCAUGUUGAGCUCUACCUGGCCCUCACCACGGAGACCACCUGCGACUUUGACCUCCUCCGUUUUCCCAGGGACCAGAGCGACUGCAGCCUCAGCUUCUAUGCUUUCAGCAACACUGUGAAGGAGCUGAAGUUCCGGGCCCACGUGGUGAAUGAGAUUGUCAGUAUCAAGAGGGAAUACGUAGUCAAGGAUUUGAAAACUCAAGUCCCACCCAAGCAGCUGGUGCCCUGCUUCCAGGUGACGUUGCGCCUGCAGAACACAGCCCUAAAGGCCAUCAUAGCUCUGCUGGUACCUGGGGAGGUGCUGCUGUUGGCUGACAUGUGCGGGGGGCUGCUGCCCCUCCGGGUCACCGACCGCAUUGCCUACAAAGUGACGCUGCUGCUGGGCUACUUCGUCUUCCACUCCUCUCUGGUGCAGACCCUGCCCAGCUCCUCCUCCUGCAACCCACUGCUCAUUUAUUACUUCACCGUCCUGCUGCUGCUGCUCUUCAUUAGCACCGUGGAGACUGUGCUGGUAGCCGCACUGCUGGCCCGGGGGGACCUCAGGGCCAAGAGCAGCCCCAGCCCAGGUCCAAGAGGGGAGCAGCGAGAUCAUGGGAACCCAGUGCCUAAUCCUGAAGAAGCCCCCAGAGGAGUAAAGGGGUCAAGAAGGAGCCGGACUGAGGCUGCUGACCACAUCUUCUUCCUGGUCUAUGUAGCGGGGGUGGUAUGUAGCCAGUUCAUCUUCGCUGGACUCUGGAUAUGGGUGCCAUGCAAGUCUGCUCCACCCCCUGGCGAGUCUGCACCUCACGGUGGGAAGCCCAGGCUGUAACAGGGCCGGGCCCAGGGCUGCAGGCCCGGGGGAGUGCCAUGACAGGGUCUCUGGAGAGAAGGAGGGGGAGGUCGACUCUCUUCCCUAAUCCUGGAGGACCUCAGGCCACCAUGAGCUCUCCCUUCCGUUAGCAUACAAGCAAAGAGUGUGAAAUAAACCCAUUGCCCAAGAGCAAGUGCACCUUAAGGGUCUGUCUUCAUUGAGCUCAGCUGUUCACCCUUGUCCAAGUAGGUGGGGCCCCACCAUGUGCCUGACUCCCACUCCAUUCCUGAACUCUCCAUUGUCCACCAGUCACCCAGCACUCCCCCUGCCCACCACCUAACUGCUCCUUCUGUGACCACUGCUGCUGCGUGGCCCUGGGCCAGGAGGCACUGGGGACCAGAGACAGGGGUCUGAGAAGCCACAGAUGUGGUCAGACUUCCUUCCUCAGUGUGCUGGACGCCAGAGGGCAUGGACAGAGCACUCCUGCUCUAGCCACCUGGGGGCCACUAGGUAGGGAGAAGGCGCAUCCCUAGACCUCAGGACUGUGGGCGACGGGGAUGCAUCUGCUGCACUAAAUCCAAGAGAGUGGGUCAGUCCGGCUUGCUUUUUCUCCAGGCCCUCUGGCUGCGCUGUGGCCUGCUCCCCUGACCCGAGCCACGCGUCUGGGCUGAAGGGGGAGUCCUCCAUCCCUAGCUCUGAACUGGGAUUUGUUCCGCUUCCUGCUCUUGUACACACAAGGCAGCUGUGGGCAUAGGCCUUUGUCCUCCUUCUCUGUCCUUCCCUGUCUGGAAGUCAUCAGCUGGCUCCUGGACACUGUGGUCCAGGUCACAAACCCAAGGUGUGAAGGAAUCCC